AUGGAAAAUGACAUCUUCGAGAAGAGCAAAAAUGAGUUAGAGAGAAUCUACCUAAACAAGCAUGUGGUGGUGCACCCGAUAGUCCUCCUCUCCGUGGUGGACCAUUACAACCGAAUAGCGAGUAACACAAAAAAGAGAGUGCUUGGCACAAUCCUUGGAGAAAAAAUAGACGGCGUUGUACACCUCACAAAUAGUUACGCUUUACCAUUUGAAGAGGACAUAAAAGAUAUAAACAUAUUUUUUGUCGAUGAUAAUUACAAUGAAAACCUUUUCAACAUGAUACGGAAAAUUAACACGAGAGAAAAAAUUGUUGGUUGGUAUACGACGGGUUCUAACAUAAAACCGAACGAUAUUUUCAUUAAUGAGAUUUUUUACAAGUACCACCACGCACCCAUCUUCCUUUUGGUAAAUGUACACACAGAUCAGAGCGUCUUUCCUGUGAAUGCCUACGUGGCUAUUGAGAAGGCCAUCUCGGAUAACAAAUUCAGGAAGACCUUCAUCCAUAUUCCCGUGACGAUAGGAGCGUUCGAAGCCGAGGACGUGGGAGUGGAGUUCCUGCUGAAGGAGCUGAAAAGCGUGUCCACCUCCACCCUAGCCACCAAAGUGGGGGACAAGUUAUCCUCCCUAAAAAGCCUCAUUUAUAAAUUGCACGAAAUUUCUGCCUACCUAAAUGACAUCCUUAAUGGAAACAUCGAAAUGAACAUAAAAAUUCUUUACAAUCUACAAAACGUAUUUAGUCUCCUCCCCGAUACGGAAAACCCAAACCUUUUGGAAGCCUUUAUGGUAAAAAACAACGACAUAAUGCUGAACGUAUUUAUUGGAAGCAUUACCAGGUCGGUCAUUGCGCUGCACAAUUUGAUAAACAAUAAAAUCGAAAAUAAAAUAAAUGCCGAAAAGAAGAAGAAACAGCUCGACGGGCCCAAAGAGGGAGAGGAGGACAAAGACAUGGACAAGGAGAAGGAAAAAUCGAAGAAAAAAAAUUAA